AUGCGUGUAUUCAUCUACACUAUUUCCAUUCCCCCCUCUCUAUCCAUCUUUUCACCUAGGCGUUCUUCCAGUCGUCACACUGGUUCUUCUGGGCGUGACCAUAAGGGACGAGCUCUUCGAACCAACCAGUGUCAAAUGAUACAGUAUUCCGGUCAUAGCCUGGGCGUUGAGGUGGGCGAGGAGGCAGUUGAGACCGGACAGAAUACUUCGGGCGGCAGAGAGGGGCCAGCCAAACAGGAAAGUAGCCAGUCUAAAGUGAGUCUAUUUUCGUUUCUACAUUCAACGAGCCUUACAUGCGCUUUUGAUAACCUAUAUUCAUAG